CCUAUAACCCCCCCUAUCCCCCUGUUCCCCCCCGGCCAUGGCGUGGGCGCUGUUCUCGGGCCGGGCGCUGCUGGCGCGGCGCUCGGAGCUGCGGCUGGACACGGAGCGGGAGCUGCGGGCGGCGCUGGAGAACCGGCUGCUGCUGCUGCUGUUCGCCGCCCGCCGCUGCCCCCGGUGCCGCGGGUUCGAGCCCCGCCUGCGCCGCUUCUGGAGCCGCCUCACCGAGCCCCGACACACCGAGCGGCCCGAGCAGCUCGGGCUGGUCUACGUGGGCAGCGACGGCAGCGAGAGGGAGCACCGGGAGUACCUGCGGGACAUGCCCCGCGCCUGGCUGGCGCUGCCCUACGGGGAUGAGUUCGGCAGGGAGCUGGAGCGCCGUUUCGGGGUGUCGGCGCUGCCGGCCGUGGUGGUGCUGGCGCCCAGCGGGGCCGUGCUGGUGCGGGACGCGGUGCCGGAGAUUCGGGAUUUGGGACCCUCCUGCUUCCACAACUGGCGCCAGGCGGCCGAGCUGCUGGACCGAAACUUCCAGGAGCGCCAGGAGAUCCCGGGAUCGGCGCCGCGCGGCAUCACCGGGAUCCUGCGGCGCCGAAAGUACCGACCCGAGAGCCGAGAGGAGCAGGAGGAGGAGGAGGAGGAGGAGGAAGGGCAGCGGGGAUAGGGGAUGGAUCCAAAAUCCCGGAAAAGUGACGGAACAUUGGGGUGGAUCCAGCUGGGAAUGGUCGCUCCGGUUCCGGCAUCUCCAUGUGAAGAACUCAACCAAAAUCCCAUCGGUUUUCCCAAAAAUAAAGGAGGAGGAGGAGGAGGAGGAGGAGGAGGAGGAGGAGGAGGAGGAGGAGGAAGAGCAGCGGGGGUAGGGGUUGGAUCCAAAAUCCCAGAAAAGUGACAGAACCUUGGGGUGGAUCCAGCUGGGAAUGGUCGCUCCGGUUCCGGCAUCUCCAUGUGAAGAACUCAACCAAAAUCCCAUCGGUUUUCCCAAAAAAUGAGGAUGGAGGAGAAGGAGGAGGAAGAGGAGAAGGUGGAAAGGGAAGAGGAAGAGCAGCGGGAGUUGGGGUUGGAUCCCAAAUCCCAGAAAAGUGAUGGAACCUUGGGGUGGAUCCAGCUGGGAAUGGUCACUAAGGUUUUGGUUCUUCCAUUGGAGGAACUCACCCAAAAAUCCCAUCGGUUUUCCCAAAAAUAAAGGACAAGGAGGAGGAGGAGGAGGAGGAGGAGGAGGAGGAGGAAGGGCAGCGGGGGUAGGGGAUGGAUCCAAAAUCCCAGAAAAGUGAUGGAACAUUGGGGUGGAUCCAGCUGGGAAUGGUCGCUCCAGUUCCGGCAUCUCCAUUUGAAGAACUCACCCAAAAUCCCAUAAAUUUUCCCAAAAAAUGAGGAUGGAG